AACCCAAAUCCAGUAGUUUUCGAAAAACACGUCUUUCUGACUAUUUUUCAAGACAAAAAAAACAAUCGCAGAAGCAACAACUUCGAGCCUCGUCGACUGAUUGAAAAUUGGGAACUGAAUAUUGUAAAUCCCACGAAAUGUCCUGUCCUGAGCAUAAGAAGGAAAAGCGUUCGCAGCAGAUGCUGUACACGCACGGACCCGGCUCCUCCCUCAAAUGGCAGCAUAAUGGCAGCAGCUUCCGCAAUCGGGCCGGAAGCUCCCCGGAACGAUCAGAUGAGCUCCGACGUCACGGCCAUAGAGGGAGGUCCAGAGAUCGUUCCAGGGAGCGUGAGCGUCGUCGCUCGGAUUCGCCAGAUCCAGGCGAAGGCCCUCGCGUUCAGGGCAUCAAUUGGCGGUGCCGUCCCCAGCAGCCGAGCGCCGCACAGAAGGAUGACCCCCAGAGCCAGCCAGGGAUUGGACUAGGCAGAGGCGGGUCGUCUGUUCCGUUCGACCAAGACCGCAUUCAUCCCGAGACACAGGAGAGGCUGAAGAAGCUGCGGUCGACCUUGGCCAAGGACCCGAAAAUGUCGGCCACCGCCAAGGCGGGGACGAGCGGCUCCUACUUCGCCAACGAUGGGUCUUUCUUGGAUAUUUUCAAGAAAAUGCAAGAGGAACAGAAUACUGUCGCCCGAGAGAGUAUACGCGCAGGCGGUGAAGUCGCUCCCUACAUUGUCACUGCGGCGGUCGACGCCCCAGCUCCACCGCCCCUCUGCGUGGGACGUCGUCGUGGUGGCAGGAUCCUGAAGACCGGCCGAGUGCCCAAGCUGCAAGAUCGCGCCAAGAAGAAGGUGGAUCCAAAGGACUUCUGGUCCGUCUACCUGGCCGAGGUCGAGAAGUACAACACCACUUGCUGUGAGAAGGCAGAAGGCCAUCCUAACUUGGUCAAGUAAGACCACGCCCACGACCACUGCCCCAUUUGUUGCUCUACUACCCAUCAGUACGCUAAUCCCAGUGUAGACCCAAAUAAACUCAAAUCUGGCUAGGCCGGUGCUUAUUUAU